UCCAGAAUCUGUACCUCCCCAAUCCAUAGCCAUGGAUUCAAAAGUGUGUUCAUUGUUGCCUUUUGAAUUACUGGAAGAGAUACUUUGUAAGGUUCCAACUAAGUCUCUUAUACGACUCAAGUUAACGUGCAAACGGUGGCUCGCUCUGUUCAACGACAAGAGAUUCGUUUACAAGCACUUAGCUCUCCUCCAGGAACAUAUCAUACGGACCAAUUAUACUCAUAUGGUUAGGAUCAUCAACCCGGUAAAUGGAGCUAUCUCAUCUUUAUCACUUCCUCACGAGUUUGAGCUUAAAUCUGAGAUUUAUGGUAUGAUUCACUGCGAUGGACUAAUGCUGUGCAUCCUAGAAGUGGGUCCGGUUGCAUUGUGGAACCCAUGUUUGCAAAAGGUUAGAUGGAUCAAGCCCCUGCAGAGUUCUUCCCCUGGUUGUUAUAUCUAUGGCAUUGGAUACGACGGUUUGUCUCGGGAUGGCUACAAAUUCUUAAAGUUUGUGAAUGGUGUUUUUACCAGUAACGAGUACUCAAACACAGGGUUGCACAAACCAGUGGUCUACAUCUACGACUUCAAGUUGGAUUCUUGGAAAAUUAUUAAAGGUUUUUUGGAUUGGCAUGUGGUCUCACGUUGUAGAAGUGUGUCACUCGGAGGAAACAUGUAUUGGGUUGCUAAGUGGAAUCUUAAACCCGACAUGUUCAUCCAAUGUUUCAACUUCUCCACAGAGACAUUCGAGCCCUUGUGCGCUCUUCCCUUUGAGUAUGGUGAAGAUGAUGUUGUAGGUUUAUCAGGUUUCAGAGGAAGCAAUCUUUCUUUGUUACACCAAAGCAAAGAGACAUCAAAGAUCGAGGUAUGGGUUAUAAACAAGGUCAAGAACGGAGCGAGCACCUCGUGGACCAAGUUCUUUAGUGUGACUGAUCAUCUCCUGGUAUUGAGAUCCUGUAACAAUUUAGCUAAUCCGGUGCAUUUCAUUGAUAAGAAUAAUAUUAUCGUAGUAUGUUGUGAGGAACUAGUGGCAGAUAGGAAUAACGUAGCAGUCAACGUUUACCUAAUUGGAGAAGGUAAGAUUAUAAGACAAGCUGAGAUAGAGCGACAUCAACGGGGUUUUAGCUGGCCUUUUGUCUCCGGCUAUGCAUAUCUUCCAAGUCUUGUUCCGGUUCCAACAUAGGAGGAUCAUCAUAAACUGAAUAAAACAUUUACAUAAGGUUGUUUUCUGAUCUUUGUUUUCAUUAUUAAAAUAAAAA